CACACACCACAAAGAUGGUUAUGGGUUCAAAUAAGGAAUUUCCAUGUAUCACAAAAUGCAAGAAAGAAGGAAGGUCAAAUCAAACAGUGGCAUCAGAUUUAGAAGGAACACUCCUUCUCUCCACAAGUGAUUUCCCUUAUUUCAUGCUAGUUGCUCUUGAAGCUGGCAGUCUCAUAAGAGCAUUACUUCUCUUAUUAUCCUUCCCUUUAAUACAUUUCAUUCAUCUAUUCAUAUCACAAUCUCUAGCCUUCCAAACCCUAGUUUUUAUCGCCCUUGCCGGCCUUAAAAUCCGAGAUAUCGAGCUCGUUUCUAGAUCUGUUCUUCCUAGGUUCUACGCCCAAGAUGUUCAUCCUCAAACUUGGAAAGUUUUCAACUCGUUUGGUAAAAGGUAUAUUGUUACGAGGAGUCCGAGGAUAAUGGUGGAACAUUUUGCUGAGAAUUUUCUUGGGGUUGAUAAGGUUGUUGGGAUGGAAUUGGAGACGUAUUGGAAAUCGAGUAGGGCCACUGGGUUUGCUAAGAAACCGGAAAUAUUGUCAGACUUGUCAGAAGUGAAGAACAGUGGAGAAGUUGAUGGUAAUUGUUUGAUCAAAGAAUUUGGAAAGGACUUUCCUCAUGUGGGUCUUGUCUCGUUUGAUACUAUACAGACUCACCUUCAUUUUUUGUCUCUUUGCAAGGAACGAUUCAUGGUACCAAGAUCCAAAUACAACCCAUUACAAAAACCCCAUCUCUUAAAACCAAUUAUCUUCCAUGAAGGUCGUUUAGUUCAAAGACCCACUCCUUCAAUAGCCCUCUUAACAUUCUUAUGGCUACCCAUAGGAAUACUACUAUCCCUAUUAAGAGUCUACAUAAACAUCCCUUUGCCCGAAAAAAUCGUCAAAUACACAUACAAACUCCUAGGAAUCAAACUAAUCGUCAAAGGCACCCCACCGCCACCACCCACCCCGGGCCAAGCCGGAGUCCUAUUCGUUUGCAACCACCGAACCGUACUAGACCCUGUCGUAACCGCCGUCGCCCUCGGUCGGAAAAUCAGUUGUGUUACAUACAGCAUAAGCAGAUUCUCCGAACUAAUUUCUCCGAUCAAAACUGUCGCACUUUCAAGACAGAGAGAGAAAGACGCGGCGAAUAUAAAACGGUUAUUGGAAGAAGGAGAUUUGGUUAUAUGUCCGGAAGGUACAACGGGAAGGGAACCGUUUUUACUUAGGUUUAGUGCUCUUUUUGCGGAGCUAACGGAUAGGAUUGUGCCGGUUGCUAUUAAGACGAAACAGAGUGUUUUUUAUGGAACUACGACCCGUGGGCAUAAGCUACUUGACCCGUAUUUUGUUUUCAUGAACCCGAUACCCACUUAUGAAAUCACGUUUUUGAGACAAUUGCCUAAGGAGGUUAGUUGUGUUGGGGGAGGGAGACCGGCUAUUGAAGUGGCGAAUUAUGUUCAAAAGGUUUUGGGUGGGAGUUUGGGAUUUGAGUGUACUAAUUUGACUAGGAAAGAUAAGUAUAUUAUGAUGGCGGGGAAUGAUGGUAAUGUGGUUAAUGCAAGUGAGAAGGAGAAGAAGAAGGUGGAGAGAAAUGGGAAUUGAUGUUUAAGAGUAUUGAUUAUGCUAGUUGAUUAUGCAAUGAAAGCUAUUGUUUGUAAAUUUUCAGUCUUGUUAAAGUGGUUUAAUGAUUGGUUAUGAAUUAUGAUGAAUGGGAACUUUAUUAAGUAUAA